UUCACCACUAAACUGACAACUUUGAUACAAUCGCUCUCAGUGGGUGCCCCAGUAUAGCGGAAUUAUGUCCUGGACUUGCACGUAAUUGUAAUGAAUUUGCGGUUUAUGACAUUUCCGAAAAGUACUCUUGGGGUAGUUCUUGUCACAGCGCAUGUUUCCCCCCGUGUUUCAUAUGACUACCUUGUACAGCGGUAUGGGCAUAGGUGCGUAGUUCGGAAGACGUUAAGUAAUGAAAUCUGCGAUUUUAACCUUCGUGUUGGUUCUUGUACUGUGUUGUGAUAUUACACUAUGUGUUGAGUUGGCCGGCUUGGUUCCAAAACAUCCGUUUAGUCCCGUUUUAAACAGCACAACCUCAGGGAACAGUCUGACCGUUGGUGGGAGUUCAAGGUUUGGAACUAUUUUGAAAAGCAAUGCAGACGAAUGCGAUGUGGUUAUGAACGUGAGCGCUGAUCGGCGCUGUGAGUUUGUGAAGAGCACUCCAGACUGCUCUAAAGAAGAUGGGUUCAUUAACUACCCCUGGAUCACCUUCUGCCUCUUCUCCUCGCGACUUUUUCCUCUAGCAGUAUUCCUCUAUGUGCUAUGGCUGUUCAUCUUAUUCCUGGUUCUAGGACUAAUCGCAUCAGAUUUCUUCUGCCCAAAUCUCUCUGCCAUCUCCUCAACGCUGCAGCUGACACACAACGUGGCUGGAGUGACGUUUUUGGCCUUGGGUAACGGUGCUCCUGAUGUCUUCAGUGCCAUAGCUGCUUUUUCUCAGCCCCGUACAGCAGGCCUCGCUAUCGGAGCCCUGUUCGGGGCGGGAAUCUUCGUCACCACAGUGGUAGCAGGAAGUGUUGCGUUGGUCAAACCGUUUACUGUUGCCUCUCGCCCGUUCCUCCGCGAUGUCAUCUUCUACAUGGCGGCAGUGUUCUGGACCUUCCUCAUUCUCUAUAAAGGCCAUAUUGUCCUGGGGGAGGCACUCGGUUACCUGUCCUUGUAUGGGGUGUAUGUCUUUGUUGUUGUGUUGAGUACAUACAUCUAUAACCGACAGAAACGCUCUCCCAAUGGGCCCGUCCACAGCACAGAGGACGUACCAGUAUUCCAGUCAGAUGACUCGUAUGAUGAUAAUCCUGUCAGAAGCAUACAAGCACAAGAUGAGGAGUACCAGCCCCUGCUUGCGUUCACUGAGUCCACGACCCAGAUAUUUCUGAGCUCUAUAAACCCUGUGGACCAGAGGCAAUGGAGGAGGAAGUCCUGGGCCUGGAAGGCUCUGAAGGUUUUGAAGUGUCCACUGGAGGUCCUGCUGCUGCUGACUGUCCCGGUGGUGGACGCCGACAGAGAGGACCGCAACUGGAAUCGUCCCCUCAACUGUCUCCACCUCAUCACUAGUCCACUGGUCUGUGUCCUCACCUUCAACUCAGGGGCCUACGGGCUGUAUCUCAUAGAGGGAGAGUUCCCUGUUUGGGCACUGACUGCCCUUAUCGGUCUCUUCCUGGCUGGCAUCGUUUUCUUCACCACCUCCAAUGAAGAACGACCUCCGUACCAUUUUCUCUUCUCCCUGCUGGGUUUCGUGGUCAGUGCACUGUGGAUUAACACGGUGGCCUCAGAGGUGGUCAGUUUGCUGCACAUGAUGGGCGUUGUGUUCAGGCUCAGUAACACGGUGUUAGGACUCACUCUGCUUGCCUGGGGAAACAGUAUAGGAGAUUGCUUCGCUGACAUCACAAUAGCCCGACAGGGAUAUCCACGCAUGGCUAUAUCUGCCUGUUUUGGGGGAAUUAUCUUCAACAUGUUGUUUGGUGUAGGUUUAGGCUGUCUGUUAAACAUGAUUUACCAUGAACCUUAUCUUAAGUUUGAGCCGGAGGGUCUGCUGUGUUGGAUUCUGGCCGGAACUCUGGGCCUCAGUCUUGUUCUGUCCUUUGUACUGGUCCCACUACAAUGUUUCCACCUCAGUCGAGUCUACGGUGCCUUUCUGCUGCUGUUCUAUGUCGUGUUUUUGACUGUAGCUCUGCUCACAGAGUUUGGAAAGAUCCACAUGGGGUCGUUAUGAUGAAAUCAGAAACGGG